AUGGUCCGCUUAGGCAGGGUUGUUGCCGGAUUACCUGAUGACUCUCCGCCAUCUAAAUCGCAAAUAGGGCUAUGGUCAUGGCUUCCCUAUUAUGAUAGCCAGAUAGAUAGUACUAUAGCUGCUAUAGAACACUAUUCAGCUAUAGUUACGUCUCGGAUGCCUCCUGGUUCACAUUUACCGUUUAGCUCUACACCGCUGUUUACCGAUUCAGACCUUGAUAUAGCUGGUGUGCCCCAUACUUACUUUAUCCGCUCGCUGUUCACACGAGUCAAGACUCCGCGUUUUAAAUUUAUCGCGCCUUGUCUAGAGGUUCCCCAUAAUAAGGAAGUAUUUACGAACCACCAGAAGUUUACCAAUUUACCAUAUCCAGAGAAAUCUAUCCCAGCGGUCCUUUUCUUUACAGCCUCUCAGACAGUGAACCUUAAUUCUGAAAUUCGUCGAUCAUUUAAGCACGCCCAUAAGAAUAAGGGCAUACCUAUAAGCGACGGCAGUCCUAUCCCUACAGGAAUAUAUAGUGAACCUGUGCGACGAGAUCACUAUGACACAGAGGAGACAGGUUUCCGCCUCCUCCUUCUAUUGACACUACGAAUUCGUUUCUAUAGUAGUGAUGCUAGAGUAAGGAUAAGUGAUGGGAGACUUAUAACCCCGGGGUCGUUCACAGAACUCUUCCAACAUAGCAAUUUUCAUCUAUUUGGGGGUGAAUGGCGGUCGUAA